AUGGCUCAACCACUCGUCCUCGUGCAGGACUCGGGCUCGGACUCGGACGAUCCUAUUCCUCUCGACCCGCCGCCACAUAGCGUUGCGUCGAGACGCGUGCGCUCCAGCUCCUCCCAGCCCCUUGCCGCGAGGCGCGCUCAGGCUGGCUCCAGUCGGCAGGCGAAGCGAGGGCGUCCACGGGCGCAUAAGCGACAGAAGACGCCCGAGGACGACGACGUAGUGUUUGUGCGUGAAGAGAAAGCGCGGGAGGUUGGAACAGGUCUCGCGAGCCGCUUUGCGUUUGCCGACUCGCCCCCACCUCGACCACGACACCUCUCUACCUGUUUACCGCCUGCGUUCCGCCCACCAAAUCCCCCGCCUAAUCUUGAAUCUCUCAUCUCCACCGCGCUCGAAGGCCCCACAGAAGACUUCACCCUCAUGCGGCGCCGCACGAACGCCGCCGCCGCCGCCGACGGGCUCAUGACCUCCCUCCCCGACCUCGUGCCGCGUCCUAAGCGCGCACUCCGCAACACUACCGUGCGGGCAAGCCACGCCCGCGACGGGUGGGUGGAGGAGGUGGACAUGCGCGUGGUCGAGGUCUUCGGCGCCCCGAGCCGCUCUCCCUCCCGGAGCGCCGAACCUUCUCCCUCGCGCUCCCCCUCUCCGUUCCAGGCAACGCAGCCGCUGGGCGAAUCAGCCCUCUCACUCUCAGCCGAAUACUCGCGCCCGCCACGCGCCCACUCCCCCAUCCCCAACCUCCUCCCUCAAGCGCCGCCGCUCAUCGGCCUCUCUCAGGCCGUCCGCGAAACGUUCGCGGAAGAAGAAGCAUCGCAGACGCAGCGCGCAGCCUCCGCGCUCUCGCGCUACGACGACGGGCUGGAACCAGGCGAUGGCUUUCACUUUCCCUCGCAGCGCCCCACCUCGCGGCUCUCUUCGCCUCCACAAACUCCUCCCCGCAGAUUCUACGGCGGAGGCUUCAAGCCCUUUCGGCACGGGGGCGGCUCGCAGCCCGCAGGGAGCCGCCGCCACACCGCGGGAAUCGACCCCGAGCGCCGGCGCCGGCUCGCCGAGGCGAUCGGGGUCGGCGUUGACGAGGCGCGGCAGCGGCGGCGCGACGCCAUCUCUGCGGGGAUCAGUCAGCGAUAG